AAGCACUGAAUCCUCAAAAUCAUGAUAACAUCUCAAACUUCUCCACAAAUUCCUCCCAAAUAUUUACAAGAGGAUGACCUAAGUGAAGAGUGUAAGAAAUUGCUCUUCAUCCUACCAAAAGAAAAGGGAUGGAUUGGAUCCUGUAUCUACAAUUACCAAGGUUUUUGGACAUCACCAAGAUUAAUCCAAGGUGUGAUUGCAUGUCAGCAACAAUUUCAAGCUCAAGAUAGUGAUAUCAUCCUUGUUACAACUCCUAAAUCAGGAACCACUUGGUUAAAAGCACUUUUAUUUGCUCUAAUAAAUCGAUUGUUACACCCUAUUUUUGAACAAAAUCACCCUUUACUAGUCAAGAACCCUCAUGAUCUUGUUCCAUUCUUGGAACUUAAACUCUAUGUUGAUGGCCAAGUCCCUAAUUUUUCAUCCUUCACUUCACCUAGACUUUUCUCAACUCAUUUGCCUUAUGCUUCAUUACCAAAAUCUGUCCAAGAUUCAAGAACCAAACUUGUUUACUUAUGUAGGAAUCCUAGGGACACUUUUAUUUCUAUGUGGCAUUUCUCAAACAGUUUAAGACUUCAUCACCUAGAUACCAAUUCCAUUGAAGAAAUGUUUGAUCUUUUUUGUAAGGGAGUGAGCCUUUAUGGUCCGUUUUGGAAUCAUAUAUUGGAUUAUUGGAAAGAAAGUAUAGAAAAGCCUGACAAAGUACUUUUCUUGAUGUAUGAAGAAAUUAAAGAGCAACCAAAAAUUCAGCUUAAACGCUUAGCUGAAUUCUUGGAAUGCCCAUUUUCAAUAGAGGAAGAAAAUUGUGGAGUGGUGGAUGAAAUAUUAAGACUCUGUAGCUUUGAGAAUUUAAGCAAUUUGGAGGUGAAUACAAAUGGGAAAUUGUCAACCGGAGAGGAAAAUAAAAUGUUCUUUCGUAGAGGGGAAGUUGGAGAUUGGAAGAAUUAUUUCUCUACAAAGAUGAGUGAGAAACUCAAUCAUAUUAUUGAGCAAAAAUUCCAAGGGUCUGGAUUAAGAUUUUUGUACACUUGAUUUAGCAUUAGUAUGCUUUUAUGCCAGUUGAAUACAAUUAUUUGUUCUGAAAAUCAAUGUUGGAGUAGUUG